ACUCGGCCCCUGGAGGACAGUCCACCUGGCAGCUGGGGAGCUGCCCACCACGUUCAGCCCGGAGUGACACUCUUGAUGAUUAUCCUCGGCAGCACAGGUGUGAGCGGGUUGCCGGCGUAGCGCCACCAUGGUGCAGAAGUACCAGUCGCCCGUGCGGGUGUACAAGCACCCCUUCGAGCUGAUCAUGGCCGCCUACGAGCGGAGGUUCCCUACCUGCCCCCUGAUCCCCAUGUUUGUGGACAGCGACACCGUGAGCGAGUUCAAGAGUGAGGACGGGGCCAUCCACGUCAUAGAGCGGCGCUGCAAGCUGGACAUCGACGCCCCGCGGCUCGCCCGAGCCCAGCCCCCCCAGACCGCCUUCCCAGGCAGGGCGCAGUUCCUGCCGGGCGCCUCUGGGAGUAACGGGGGCCCGAGUGGAAUCGAGCCUCCGCUCAGUCCGUGCAGGCCAGUCCGGGCCUUGUCGGGGCCUGGCGUGACCGCAUCAGAGCUGCCCAGCCCCGGGGGCACUCCCGCCUCCUUGGGGUCACCGCUGACAGCCUCGCUGCUGGGCUCUCUCCCGGCCGGCAGCGUGACCGCCCGGGUGUUCUCUCCUCUGCAGGUCCACCCUGAAAAUGAAGACUGGACCUGCUUUGAGCAGUCUGCAAGCUUAGAUAUUAAGUCCUUCUUUGGAUUUGAAAGUACAGUAGAGAAAAUCGCAAUGAAGCAGUACACCAGCAACAUCAAGAAGGGCAAAGAAAUAAUUGAGUAUUACCUGCGGCAGCUGGAAGAGGAGGGCGUGACCUUUGUGCCCCGGUGGGCCCCGCCUCCCGCCAUGCCCUCCGCCGAGACGCCCGCCUGCAGCGCCCAGCUGGCCGUGGCCUCAGCCGCCGCCACCCCGGAUGCCGCCCAGAAGGAGGGGCUGACCAGCGAGGCCCUCAGCAGCCCCAGCGGGGGGCCCGAGCCCGCGGCGGGGGCCCCUGACGACAAACUGGAUGCAGACUACAUCAAGCGCUACCUGGGGGACUUGACUCCGCUGCAGGAGAGCUGCCUGAUCCGCCUUCGCCAGUGGCUGCAGGAGACCCACAAGGGCAAAAUUCCGAAAGAUGAGCAUAUUCUUCGCUUCCUACGUGCCCGGGACUUCAACAUCGACAAGGCCAGGGAGACCAUGUGCCAGUCGCUGACGUGGCGGAAGCAGCACCAGGUGGACUUCCUCCUCGACACCUGGAGCCCGCCCCAGGUCCUGCAGGACUACUACGCCGGGGGCUGGCACCACCAUGACAAAGACGGCCGGCCCCUGUACGUGCUCCGGCUGGGCCAGAUGGACACCAAAGGCCUGGUGAGGGCCCUCGGGGAGGAGGCCCUGCUCAGAUACGUGAGUGUUCCGGCGUCUCGCGGCCUUCCUCUGCCCGCGGGAGCCCGAGGGGAUCGUGCACAUCCAAAAAUUCUAAGAGGGCGAAAUGUUUUCCGCACGGGCAGCGCCAGCAGAUAA